GGGAUUGCGCUGGCCAUGGACUGCAAUUCAUCCCACGGCACGACAGGAGCCCCUCCCACUGAUAUGGAGGAUAUCUCACAGAAUAUACAAUUCUUGCCUGAGAAGACCCUGCAAGUGAUCGCAAAGGGCCCAUUGGUUCAAUUGACAUUGAACAGCACGGAUACUGAGCAAAUCACGCGAGUCUGGCUAUCAUUGCUUCAAACAUUAUGCACCCCAUCUCUUUCCCAUCUGCAUAGCCUAGCUGUUUGCAAUGCGACAUCGGCCUUUCUGGAUGCAGCAGUAAAUGCUCAGAAUGAAGGUACUCGUGAACUGGCUCUACAACCAGAAAGCUGGUUGGAUGUAUUCGAUGUCUUCCUUAGUCGCUACGAAGAUGCCAAACCCAAACCGCUGAAACAAAUUUUGGCAUCAUUGAUAACCAUAUUGGCCAAACAUCACAAAGAGCCAACUAAGAAAAUUCUCCAGAAGGCAAUUGCGGAUGCCACAUUCCCAAGUGUUCUACUCGGUGAACCUCGAUCUCGAUUGAAAGCCUCCCUCGUGUGCUUGGAACUCGUCCUCCGCAAGGGUGCCAUUCUGUCCUCCGAGCUGAUCAAUCUGGUCCAGAAUUGGAUGAUCGAGAAUCGCACUCGAUGGGUGCCCGUUUUCGAGAAAGAUUGUCAAGGUCUUUUGAUGAAUGGCUCCCAGGCAACUCUUGAUCUAAUUUCUGUUGACCCAUCCGAGGAAUUGGCCGCCAACAUCUUUUUUCUCGGUCUUUUGAACCAGACCAACAACCGAGAGAUGUGUGGAAGUGCCGGUGGUAUGUUGGCAGCCUUUGUGAAGAAGCUCAAGUCAGAGUGCCCUUCACGAAACUUGUCCGCCAUCUGGGUGGCACCUGUGCGACACAUGGUGCUGCAGAACAUGAAUCAUCUCGAAUCGCUCGCCAACCAGGUUCUUCAGCCUUUGUUCACAAUUGACCCCACUGGCUUCAAGUCUUUUGUGCAGUCACUCCCUUUGGAAAGCUUGCUUGCUGGUGAUAUGAGCAGUGCCGCAGAAUCAGAAUUCAUCCUGUUAUUCUCAGCGCUUCAGAUGGGCAAGAAAAUCAACCUUGUCGUCGACGACUUCGACUUUUCGAAGCCUAGCGAAUCUAAAGGGACCACCCUUCCUAAAAUGGUGCUGAAGAGUGAUAUCAUCGGCCGAUUUCUGUUUCAUAGCGUGCCUGGUAUCCGUAUCGCGGCUUUAUCCCUAUUGAUUAACGCGCUGUCGACCGUCAAACCAUUCACAACCUCAGCUGCAAUAGCAAUUCUGCGAGGACUCCCAUCUAUGCACGCCGAGUCCGACGCCCAUUCCCGAGGAGAAAUUAUGAGUCUCACGCGAAAGUUCAUUGUUCGCAUGAAGGGCGGUGUUGUUAGAGAUCAAGAUGUCUUGGACGUCUCAAAUGCGGCCCAGGGUCAACCAUCUGCCAUUGUGAGCAGAAACGACACCGAGACUCGGAACACACUGGAGACCUAUCUGCAAUUUCUCAGAAGUGAUUUGUGUGUUACGGCAUCUUAUGCUCGUCACAUUAGUGCUUUGAAGGCUCUCAAACUUUUGAUCAUCUCUGGCCUGGACCCAAGAUCGGAUGUUUUCUCCAACAAGGCUGAUAUUGACACGACUUGGAAGCUACAUGUGGAAAUCUUCGAUGCCCGCCUGUUGCGAUUGUUGGUUGACUUGCUUCUGGAUCCCUUCGAAGAAGUCCGGCAAACCUCUCUUUCAAUCAUCAAUUUGUUCCCGCAGCAGAUUCUCCUUGGUAGCCUAAUCGACCGGCAGCCGGCUGUCGCUAUGCGCCUGACAGACGCUCUCACUCGAGCUGAAAAUGUGGCGAGCAAUACCAGUCGUGCCGACCACGCUGAUACCGUUGCUCGUUUAUAUCACAUUCUGUUCUGUGCGGCGUCGUUCGGAAACUCGUCCGUAGCGGCAUCUGAUUGUUGGUCAACGAAGGCGUCAGUUGUCAACACGAUCGUCACAAGGCUGGAAGAGCGUCUCUCAUCUUCCAAGGGUCUAUUCAAUUCUUCGAUGCGCGAGGCGCCCCUUCACGGCUAUAUGUCGGGCCUCCGAUACAUUGUCUUAAUGCCAAACUUCCAUACACUCCUACCAGUCAAUGGUAACUCAUCCUCUUGGAGGUCCAUUCAUGACCGAAUCAUCGGGAUCUGUGAUAGGGUUUGGGAAGAGGUGAAGCCUGUUUUGUGCAUCGAUUCUCCAGAAGGGCACACGGACGAACCUAUUCAAGAUCUCUCUGUGGGUCCAAAGGACAUCCUUUCCUAUUCCUGGAGAGCCCUGCGAGAAUCUAGUUUACUGCUGCAUGCCACAAUCAUCAAUGCCACAUAUGGUCCCGAGGGUGCAGACGGGCUCAACCGCGCAGAUUUUGAGAAGGUUGGCAGAACCAGCUUCACACAGUUAGCUGAGCUGCGACACCGCGGUGCUUUCUCUACUGUCGCGACAACUUUCACAGUUACUUGUCAACGUUGCAGCCAGUCGAAGGAUGCACCUAUCCAAGAGCUACCAGAAAUCUGGUACAAGGAAGCAAAAAAGACUAUUUUCGAGUCGGCUUCCAAGCUUACUCGGCGAUCUGCUGGUCUGCCUGCUCUUAUUACAGGUAUUCUUUGUGCAGCCCCGGGCUCUCCAUUCUUCAAGCAGGCUCUGACCGAGCUUCAUGAUAUCUCCCGUCUGCCAGUGGAGUAUAGCAAGGAAGAGCAAUAUCUUAAACUUCCUCAAGUGCACGCCAUGAACUGCCUCAAAGAUAUUUUCACAAACAACAAGCUCGGCCCACACACCGAGCGAUUCAUCAUGCCAGCUCUCACCCUAUCUGCCGAACGAUUGGGCUCACCCAUCUGGGCCCUUCGAAACUCUGGGCUCAUGCUGUUCCGCGCUCUCCUGACACGAAUGUGCCGUCUGGUCUAUGGAGCUGGCGCUGGCUUUGGCGGAGAGUCUGGGUCAGAGCCUGGGUCUAAAAUUUCCUUCCCCAAGUAUCCAGGAUUACUUGAGCUGUUGUCUAGUCUUCUCACCACAUCCGAAGACGCUACAGCCGAAGGAACCGAUAUCGUUACUGAGCGUAUCUUCCCUGCGUUAGAGUUAAUUGGUGAGAAGAUUCCUACUGUUGCCGACAAUAAUGACACCAUGCUCUGUGAGUUGGUUUCGGAGCACUUUAAGAGCCCUGUCUGGGGAAUCAGAGAGCACGCUGCUCGCGUCUACGCCUCUCUUCUUACUCGAACAAAUAUUCUUCAUGACAUGCGUGCUCUUAUGGGCCAAUUGCAGGAUAAAAUCUCAGAAAAUUAUCUCCACGCUAAUGUCCUCUGUGCUCGCUACUCUUUGCGCCGAUUUGCGAUGACUACGGAUUCUUUCUGGACAUCUUAUCUCGAUGAAAUAUUAUCUACUCUGGAAUGCAUCUUGGCGACGGUAUUCCCUAUUGCCAAGUCACCGUUUGUUGCAACCGCGUUGGUCGAAAUUCUAAACGACACGCUGGAGCGUAGUAUGGAGGCUGGGGUUGAAGGUAAGUUAUUCUCUACUUAUGUGCAAAGCAUAACCAGUGUUAACAUCGUUUUCGUAGCUCGGGUUGGACCUCUCGUCGAACAGAUCGCGGCAAAACAAGACCUUGAUGGCAUUUCAGACUACGUAUUUGAUGCUUCUCAAAGAAACUGGAACCUCACCAGCACCACUCGAUCCUCUUCCCUUCUCAGAAGAUCGCUUAUGUGGUGCAAAGUAUUGACCAUCCUUUCUUCGGGCCAGUGGGACUUACUACCUACAUACUUUGGUGGAGUCGCCACGUUCGAUCCCGAUGCUGCGACCUGGAUUUGCGAACAGCUCGAAGAGAGAUUUGACAUGACAGAAAAGUACAUGAAGCCCUUGGCAGACUUGUAUUCGUCUGCUCUAUUGCGCAGUUAUGAGCCCUCUAUCAGGAUUGCAGCGGCUUCAAAUCUUGCGUCAAUCCUUGAAAAACAGCUCUCUUCCACUGGAGAUUUAGCUCACUUUGCCUUGCCGUACGAGGAUCUGGCUAAGAGCUUCAAGCCUCACGCUGCCAUAGAGACCUGGAACAGGCAAGCGACGGAUGCAGAGCUUCGUCUUCAGGGAUGUCUUUUGGCCAUUCGGGCAUCGAUCGAGAAGCAGACCCUGGCUCCUCUCAGCCGUGAUUUCCAAACCUGGACCGUGAAGCUCAGAUCCGCACUCAGUGAGGAGACCGAGUUCACCACACGUUAUGCCGCAGCAUUGUCCCUCCAUAGUUUCUCACAAGGCCUCCGUCCCUUAGGCAGCCCCCCUCGCGUUGAUUCUGCAUUGUUGGACAUCUACCUGGUCCUAUACGAUCUUCUCAAUGAUGAUGAUGAUGAAGUGCGAGACAGCGCUGCGUCGACUGCGUCCUGGGUUCUCUCAUAUUCUUCUGUCUCGCCGGGUACCGCUGUCAUGCUCGGACCAUUGAAUGCAAGCUCAUUGCUCGCCAGCUUUGUCACCGAACAUUAUUCGCACUCUGCGCAAUUUGCUCGGAGGGUGAUUCGCUAUCUCACAGGGCAAGAAUCUAGAAUCAGUGGCUCUGAUGAUCAAACCCACUUGAUCCCCGUUGUGGACUUGGUUGCUGAGUAUCGCCAGGAGAGUACCGUGUUGUUCGUGGAGGAGAAGCAGAACUUGUUUAUCGAUGAAGUGCGCGAAAUCGACGUGUGGGCCCCGGCCUUAACACAUCUGACGAAGAACGCGUGCCCGGAGACUCUGGUGCGCCAGGUUUCAAGCUGGGUAUCAGAGGGACUGCAAUAUCUAUUAUCUCUGGUCAGCCAAGAUGCAGGACAGGAUGGGCUUCUUGGGUGGCUCUCAAAACCGGAAAGCUUCACUCUGGGCGUUCGAAUCUUCAGUAUCUCUGCUGCAUUGACAUCGCCAGGAUUUGCUGUGCCGGAGCUUCUGGAAGCGGACCAACAAGUCAUGCGCUCAAGAUUGCAUUCAUUGCUGAAUGCUGGUCAGAGUGCCUCGGUUCAUGACCAGUGGCUCCUGAGGAUUCGAACUGCACUAAACUUGGAGGUUUGA